AUGAAUGGGGCCUUGACAAUUGGCACGUUGGAUGGCGCUAAUGUUGAGAUAUGUGAAGAAUUAAAGGGCAGGGAUAUCUUCAUCUUCGGUAAUACUGUCGAACAAGUGGAUGCCUUGAGAGAAAAUGGAUACUCGCCACAAACCUACAUUAAUAAAUGCCCUGAACUGGCAAAGGUCCUCGAUCAAAUAUAUUCUGGCUUUUUCUCGAAAGACGAUCCCACUCUCUUUCAUGAUCUUCAUGCCUCUAUUGUGGAUGGUGACUUUUACCAGUUGUGCGCGGAUUUUGAGGACUAUUUACGCGCACAGGGGGAGGUCGAGGCGGCUUAUCUGGCAAGUUACUAUGCAAUUCAAGAAUAUUUUGAAUGA